AUGAAGGCAGCAGCGCUUGCUGUUCUGGCGGCAGGAGUCGGCGUAUCGGCACAGAGCUCAGCCCCUGGGGGGUUAGGAGCACCCAGCUAUAUCACCGUCGUUAGCUACGAGCCAUGCGUUACUCCAUCGACGACGCCACCACCACCACCACCUGUCGUCACGGAAGUUUUGACAACGUGCACCGAAAAAGGCGCCAGCAGCACUCCUUUGCCAACAAUCCACACCACCAUCUACACUACCACCUAUGUCACGGUGUGCCCCACAGGCGGCCUGACCUCAACAGCUUACACUGUCACCGAGACCUACACCGGCAGCGCUCGGCCGGCAGCAACAACCACCGGGUCGAUCCCACCUGGCUUUACAACCACCGUAACCGUCUGCGGAUCGUGCGGAUCUGAUGGCGGCCCGGCCACUGUGACUCUCACCGUUCCGUGCUCGACCAGCGCGGCCCCACCUACAAGCGGGUCAUCCGACCUGACCAUCUUGCCGCCCUCCGGUUCCGGCACACCCGUCACGUCCUCGCUCACUGGCUCUCCCGGUCCCGGCCCGGGCUCAUCGGGCAGCACCGGCACCGCCAACCCGGUGACCGGCUCGCCAGCCACUUCGGUCGGCCCAUCCUCCGUGCUGGACACAACUGUUGUUGUCACCGUCUGCCCUGGAACCAUGUCCUCCGGUGGCGUGUGCACACAUUCGACUUCGAUCAUCACCGGGUCGCCCAGCGCCAGCGCCAGUGGAGGCAUCCCGACGACGACCAUCGCCACUUGCCCCGGGGGAGGAGUCUGCUCCCACUCGACGCCGGUGCCGUCCGGCUCGCCAUCGGCUUCGGGACUCCCUGCAGCGUCAAGCUCUCUGCCGCAACCCGCGACGGAUGCGGCGGCAGGACUCGAACGGCCUGGCUUGAUUGGCUUGCUGGGCAGCGUGGCUGGCGGUGCGCUGUUGGUUUUGUUGUUGUUGUAG